UUUUGUUAAUUUUAUUACUAGGAUAUGAUAACAGAAGCAUCUUUCUAUUUAUUCAGUGCUACAAAAAAUAGAUUCUAUUUUAGGAAUGUAAAGAUUUUAAUACCUCCUACAUGGAAAGCAAACAAUUAUGAGAAACCUAAACAAGAGUCCUAUGACAAGGCAGAUGUCAUAGUUGCUGCUUCUUAUUGGAAACAUGGAGAUGACCCAUACACCCUACAAUAUGGAGAAUGUGGAAAAAUGGGAAAAUAUAUACAUUUCACACCUACCUUCCUAUUAAAUGAUAAAUUGAUUGCUGUCUAUGGAUCACGGGGCAGAGUUUUUGUCCAUGAGUGGGCCCACCUUCGAUGGGGGGUGUUUGAUGAAUAUGAUAGUGACAGGCCUUUCUAUAUAACCGGACAAAAUCGAGUUGAAGUUACAAGGUGCUCAUCUAAUCUCACUGGCAUCUAUGUCUGUGAAAAAAAAUCCUGCACUGAAGGAAAUUGUGUCAUUAAUCAACUAACAGGACUUUUUAUUGAAGGAUGUGCAUUUAUUCAUGAGAAAAAUCAAACGGCAGAGGCAUCAAUAAUGUACAUGCAAAGCUUAUCAUCUGUGGCUGAAUUCUGUGAUGAAAGUAACCAUAAUAGAGAAGCUCCCAAUAUGCAGAACAGAAUGUGUGACUAUAGAAGCACAUGGGAAGUAAUAAUGAACUCCAUGGAUUUUAAGAACAAUCCUCCACUGAAUACUACCAACCUUAUACCUUCUCCUACCUUCUCAUUGCUGCAGAAGAGAGAUAGGGUGGUCUGCCUGGUUCUUGAUGUUUCAAACAGCAAGAAUGGGACUAAUUGGAUCAAUCAGCUGCAUCAAGCAGCAGAGCUGUAUCUUCUGCAGAUUGUGGAAGAAAAUUCCUAUGUUGGUAUUGUCACUUUCAGUCACUCGGGAGAGAUCAAAACUCAGUUGCAUCAAAUUGUCAGUGAUGAUAUAAGGACACAGCUUGCUUCAUUCCUACCAACUGCUCCAACUAGUGAGGGAACAAAUGUUUGUGCAGGCUUGCAGCUGGCAUUUGAGGUGAUCAGAAAACAUGAUGGAAAUACAUAUGGCUCAGAAAUUAUAUUGGUGACAGAUGGAGAAGACAGUGCUGUAAAGAAAUGCUUUUCUGAUGUGAUUAACAGUGGAUCAGUCAUUCAUACCAUUGUUCUGGGGCAGUCUGCUGCAAAAGAAAUUGAACAGUUUUCUAAAGAGACAGGGGGGUUAAACUUUUUUGUCUCAGAUAGACUGAACUCCAAUGACCUCAUUGAUGCUUUCUGUGGAAUUUUAUCAGGAAGUGGAGAUACCUUUAAUCAGUCCAUUCAGAUUGAAAGCACUGGUGAAAGUACCCAGGGUUAUAAACAGUUCAGAAGGACAGUGACUAUUGAUAGUACAGUGGGAAGGGAUACCUUCUUUGUAGUUACCUGGCAGACCACUGAACCACCAAAAAUAACUCUUCUUGAUCCCCAUGGAAAAAACUACACCAAUGAGAACUUCAGCAUUGAUACUAUUUUCCACGUAGCUCGUCUUCAAAUUCCCGGCAUUGCAGAGGCUGGGAAGUGGACAUACACACUCACUAAUACUCAUCUGUCUCCUCAAGUCCUAACAAUAACAGUAACUUCCCGAGCAGCAAAUUCUACAAUACCUGCAAUAACUGUGAAAGCCCACGUGAACAGGGAUACAAACUACUACCCUAGUCCAAUGGUUGUUUAUGCACAAGUUAGUCAAGGGCUUUCACCUGUUCUUGGAGCAAAUGUGACCGCCAUUAUCGAACCAGAGAAUGGAGACCCUAUUAUUCUGGAACUUUUUGACAAUGGUGCAGGGUCAGAUGUUGUCCAGAAUGAUGGGGUCUAUUCCAAGUAUUUGUUCUCUUUCCCUGGAAAUGGGAAAUACAACCUGAAAGUCCAGGUUCAAGCUGGCAAGAUCAUCAAACUGCAUGCUGCAAUGCCAUGGAGUCACGCUUUGUAUAUACCAGGCUACGUAGAAAAUGGUACGAUCCAGAUGAAUGGACCAAGACCCUCAGUUACGAGUAAUGAUGAUAUUCAAAUCAAAGUAGGAGGCUUCAGUAGAACCAUCUCAGGAGGUUACUUUACAGUGUCUGAAGUACCAGCGGGCCCUGAUACUGAUGUGUUUCCACCAUGUAAAAUUACUGAUCUUAGUGCCAAAACAGAAGAUGAUAAGGUCAUUUUAUCAUGGACAGCACCAGGGGAUGAUCUUGACCAGGGACAAGCUGCAACUUAUGAAAUACGAACAAGUGAAAGUCCUCUGGAAUUAAGAGACAACUUUGAUGAGGCUACUGUUGUGAAUACCUCCAGUUUGACUCCUCAGUAUGCGGGUUACAAGGAAAUAUUUUCAUUUAAACCAGCAGCUUUUGCAACAAGAAACACCACAAUAAUUUAUUUGGCUGUGCGCGCCAUUGACAAAGCCUCUCUGCACUCUGCUGUAUCUAAUAUAGCACAAGCAGUAAUGUUUGUUCCCCCAAUGGACUUUCUAACUGCUAAUAAUAAGUAUAGUGUCUCAACUAUAAUCUUGAUAUUAUUUGGCCUAUUAGCAACAGUUUGUCUUAUUACAAGUGUGACCUUGUGUGUUUUAAAGAAGAAAAAGAAAAUGUCUAUUAGAGAACCUGCAACAAAGUUACUGUGACUUAAAAUGAAAGUUUCUUCUAGUUAUUUUUUAGCAUGUUUGCUUGAAAGUGAUAUGCAAAAAUAAAUGUGCUACCACUGAAAAUGGCUACGUAAAAAUAAAUGGAAAGCCAUCUAUGCAGUUCUGUAUAAAAUUACAGCAAUUUAGAAGCAGUAUCAGACUGCAUGUAACAUACCCUUGAACGGCUGGAUCAUAUACAAACUUCAUUGGAUGUACAUAUGUGUACAGCAAAUAAUGCAUAUGUACAUCCAUAACACAAGCUAAUAAAACUUUAUGCUAUGUUUACCUA